AGCAGCGGAGCGCGCGGGAGUGGCUGGCAGGCGGGCGGGCAAGGCGCACCAGGAGCACAGCGCAGCACAGUGCAGCACAGUGCAGCAGGGAUACGCAGCAGCAGCUCGCAGAGUGUCUGGGCUGCCAAAGCUGGGACUGGACGGGACUUCGUACCCAGGCUGUCGCUGCUGCUCCUGCACUGCCAUUAGAACACCUCAAGAUGGCUGAGGGUGCAGACAUGGAUGAACUCCUAACUUCUUUUAAGAAGUUUGCCAUACAUGGAGACACCAAAGCCGUCGGGAAGGAGAUGAAUGGCAAAAACUGGGCCAAGCUCUGCAAGGACUGCAAGGUCAUCGACGGGAAGAACAUCACCGGUACCGAUGUGGACAUCGUCUUCUCAAAAGUGAAAGCGAAGACGUCUCGUGUAAUCACCUUCGAGGAGUUUCAGAAGGCUCUGGAAGAGCUGGCCCCAAAGAGAUUCAAAGGUCAGAGCAAGGAAGAGGCUCUGCAGUCCAUGUGGAAGCUGAUUGAGGGGAAGGAGCCUUCAAAUGUUGGUGUGACGAAAGUCUCCAAGACGGCGGCGAUGGACCGGCUGACGGACACCUCGAAGUACACAGGCUCGCAUAAGGAGCGCUUCGACGAGGCCGGCAAGGGCAAAGGCCGAGGCGGCCGCGAGGAGCUGGUGGAGAACACGGGUUACGUGGGCGCCUACAAGAACGCCGGCACCUACGAGGAGAAGGUCAAGACGAAGGAGAAGGCGCAGUAGCCCUGGCUGAUGGUCUGCGCCCCACCCGCCCCGACACGACUCAGGCAGGUCUGGACCAAGUCUGACAUUAGGCCCGAAGUGCAGCCCAGUACCCCGUGACGGAUGUGUCGUGCCCUGCGACCAAUGGGACGAGGGGGAGUGUCCUCCACGCUGUCUUCAUCAUGCCUUCUGCGGCUGCGUUCCCGUUGGUGUUACUGGACGAUCUUAAUGCAUGGCCAUGCAUGCAGAGUCUGUGUGCCUGUAUAUAGGGGAUUAUGGGUAAUCUGCUUAUGAUGGAGACAGCUGCAGACAUUUCCUUUCUGGAUAUAUAUGUUAAAGAAAAAACGAGUUCACUAACAACAAGCCAUUUACACUUGAUUCACUCUUCUUCCCUGGCCGCUGAAAAUGCCCAGUAUUAAGCUAAACCGUUACAUUAGAGGGGCUUGAUGAUUUGUGACUCUGUGUUUGUCAUAAACUUUUUUUUGAUAUUUGUUUGAUUUCUCAAUUGAUUAAAAAAACACCUUGUGUGAAUUUGGCCAACAGGAAAUAGAAGUAGUUUUGUGCCUAAAAUAUUUUGUCAUCUCCAAAAGAUUCCAGAAACGUCUUCCGCUAAUCACUGUGAAAUAAAUAUUUUAGUGCUAUUAGGCGUAUAGGCUGUGUAACACUGUUUAGUCAUGAAAUCCAUUGUUUUGCCAUUUUGAUUGUAUCUAUCUGCCUUAACUCUUCUGUUGUCCUGAAAAUUCACUUUCCAGCUAAUCUUAAUACUUCCCUUAUUAAAAUCUCAAAUUCUAAAUUAUUCAAA